AUUUAUUGGUCAUGUAUUGACUAAACAAUAUGUUUUGCUAAUGUUUAGUUUCUAAAUUUCAGUUAAAAUCUAAAUUAUGAGUUCAAUGCGAUAGACCACAGCUUUAUAAUAGUGAAGCCGAGUUUAUUAACAAAAUGGAAACUGCGUGCUUAAAAAUUAAAUUCACACCACUAAUCAAAAAGCUACGUGAGAAUGACUCCAAAUGUUGUCUCGAAAUUGUACCGGAAGUGACAUGUUUACAAAACAUUGAUAAGAUGCUACAGAAACAAGAAAACAGCUUAUACGAAUACGUUAUUCCUAUUACUUAUAAAAUAAUUCUCAAGAAGAGUACGAAAUGCGAUACAAAGCAUGCGGGUUAUGAACAUAACCAGAUUUAUCAUUCAUGUGUAGACAUUUUACACGGACCUGCUACCAGUUAUUAUGAUGAAACUGGAGACAUCAAACGAUUUUUAAGCGAAACUGUAAUGUUUAAUAAACUACCAACAAGUUUCCAUGGAUGGAACAUGGCUAUACCACAACAUGAAAAACUUAACUUCACCCCAGACGAAAAAAUUACAGCAAGUACUCAGACUUACGAGAAGAGAGGCGAAUUUACUCUCACUAGUAGUGAAAGCAGAAAUUUGAAUAAAUUUUAUACCACAAACAGCACGGAUACUGACAAAGAGUAUUGUGUAAUGUGUAACAUUGAUAUUCAAGUCGAUACUAUUCAAAAUAUUGUGGACGUGGUAAACGAUGUACCUGAAAAGGGCAACCAAAAAAUCUGCAGUAAAAAUAUCAACGUCUUAAUUAAUGAGAUCUCUAAGAAGUGUAACAUUAAUGAAAUGCGUAAAUUAAGUCUCACGCCUAUUUGUUCUAUUAACACAAAUGACAUGUUUAUGGCAGAACAAAAUGAAAAUAAUAAUAACAUGGGAUUUGUCAAAGAUAUUCUUUAUAAAUAUAUAUCACCAAUAAUGAAACCAAAUAUGGGCACCACUUACUACAUGCCUUUAAAUGAGUGUAAACCAAUAGAACCAUAUAGAAAUACACCUGAAAUGCGAAUAGCUGAGUUCCAGAAAUUAAUUGAAUACGAGAUGUUACCCCUAAAAUAUAUGCUAAAUGACAUAGUUUCGAAAUACGCGUCACUAAAUGUAGAUAACCAACUAAAAAAAUCUUUAUUACGCACAAAAAAAAAUCAUCUAAUCGAAAAAUUUAGUUGUCAAAAUCGCUGUAGAUCUAAUCGUGUUUUUUAUACAAUUGUCUUUGAUGAUUAAAUUUGACUGUCAAAUAAAUGUGACUUAGAACUUA